CCCCUCCUCGCCGUGGAGAGUUGAAUGGAAAUUUCCACACACUCCAGACAGCGCUAUAUUAACAGACUCACCCGGCGAGCGGCAACAGUCAGUCACGGAGCGACAGUAAACGGAGCUGUAUCGUGCGAAUAAAACCAACUGAACCUAUAAAACAACUACGAGGAUUCUUUUCAUUCAAAGGGUAUCAACCGUCAAGUCACCAUGUCUCAGCAGCAAAUCAGCCUUCCAGCCAAACUCAUUAAUGGCGGUAUCGCUGGUAUAGUCGGCGUGACUUGCGUCUUCCCCAUUGACUUGGCCAAGACCAGGUUACAGAAUCAGAGACCAGGUCAACAGGUCUACAAAAGCAUGAUGGACUGUCUUGUCAAAACGGUUCGAUCAGAGGGAUACUUUGGCAUGUACAGAGGUGCUGCCGUGAAUUUGACCCUGGUUACGCCCGAGAAGGCCAUCAAACUGGCUGCGAACGAUUUCUUCCGCCAGCACCUGUCCAGCAGCGGGAAAGGGCUGACGGUGUUCAAAGAGAUGCUGGCUGGCUGCGGCGCAGGAAUGUGCCAGGUCAUUAUCACGACGCCGAUGGAGAUGUUGAAGAUCCAGCUGCAGGACGCGGGGCGACUUGCGUCCCAGCAGCAAAAGCCAGUAAUGAUGACUCCCACCAAACUGGUGUCCACCAACACGAUGCUCAGUCGUUCUUUCAACUCGGGCGCCAUGAUGGCCGCGGUGAGACCCGUCUCUGCCACGCAGAUAGCAAAGGAGCUCCUGCGGACGCAGGGCAUCCAGGGUCUCUAUAAAGGCCUCGGGGCGACGCUCAUGAGGGAUGUCCCCUUCUCUGUUGUCUACUUCCCGUUAUUCGCCAACCUGAACAGGCUGGGUCAGCGCAGUCCCGAUGAACCAUCCCCUUUUGCUUGGGCGUUCGUCUCCGGCUGCGUGGCAGGAUCCACCGCUGCCGUCGCAGUGAACCCCUGUGAUGUGGUGAAGACGCGGCUGCAGUCACUGAACAAAGGCUCCAGCGAGGAGGCGUACAAUGGAGUGGUGGACUGCGUGAGUAAAAUACUGAGGAAAGAGGGACCGUCCGCCUUCCUGAAGGGGGCGGGCUGCCGGGCUCUGGUCAUUGCCCCGCUCUUUGGCAUCGCACAGGUCAUGUACUUUGUCGGCGUUGGCGAGUACAUCGUGGACAGCGUCUCUCUCAACAUCCUGUCCGCAUGAGACAACUCUCAACGUGGACUUUGAACUUUUUAAACAUCAAUUGAUGGAAGAAAAGUGGCAGCUAACUACAAGUUCGUGUCAGCGAGCGCUAGGACCUGUGAUGUCAUCACCUGGCCGCCGGUUGCACUUUAGUUCAGAAGGCGACAGCCACGUUUGCACUUGCCUUACUGAGUUUGUGGACUCAGAGAUACUGUGUUACUCUUAUUCUCAAACUGCGCCCUGCGCCCUCUGUGAGGGAGGGGGCGCCCUAACACUCCAUCAACACCUGUCUCAUGUCCAAAUGCUUUGAUGCAGUUCUAUCCGUUCGUCUCUCACUAGCCUUCAGUUACAAAACGGCUCCUACAGCUCUACGUGGUUAGAGUGUAAAAGUUACAUUUGUACAGAACUCGACUGACCCGGGACCACACUUCCUCACCUGACCGAUUCCUGUUCAAUACUUGAUGUUUGUGAACCAUUUUUGUGUAUCUGACAACCUGCAAAAGCUUGAGAUGCAUCCAUGCAAGUUAUUUAUGUGUUGGCUUACUGUAGUCCGUCGACUUUAAUCCGCACGUUUGACCAUAUGCAGACCGAGGGGCUUCCUCCGACGGCCUCGUAAAUUUCUGCCUUAAGAAGCAUAUCGCUCAGUCGAGCAUGUGAAGGUGACUGUUACAUUUCUGUGGCAUUUUUGUACAUUAUGUGUAAAAAUAUAUAAAUCUAUUACAACCUGCUCCA